AUGGCAGAACAGGCAGUUCAGAUGGACCGAAACACCUUCAACUGUUCAAUCUGUUUGGAUCUGCUGACCGAGCCGGUGACUAUUCCCUGUGGACACAGCUACUGUAUGAACUGCAUUGUGGGUCACUGGAAUGAAGGAGUCUACAGCUGCCCGCAAUGCAGGAAAACGUUUUCACCGAGGCCUGUCCUGAAGAAAAACAUCAUAUUAGUAGCUGCAGUGGAGCAACUGAGGAGCAAUCGACAUGAAGCUGCUGCUGCUGAUGCUACUGCUCCUGCUGAUCCCCACUAUGCUGGACCUGAAGAUGUGCCCUGUGAUUUCUGCUCUGAAAGACAACGGAAAGCCAUCAAGUUCUGUUUAAUCUGUCAGAACGCGUACUGUGAGGAACAUCUGGAGCCUCAUUAUGAAGAUUUCCUUCUAGAGAAUCACAUUCUGGUGGAGCCGGUCAAGAACCUCCAACAGAACUGUUCUUCAGCAGAGGUACUACAGAGCCUGUUAUGGCCUGAAGUUGAACUCUACACUGAAUGUGUUUUAAUGCCAGAACCAGAACCAAAGACCCGAGCGGACUUCUUAAAAUAUGUACGAGAAAUCACACUGGACCCAAACACAGCACACCCUCAGCUGUUACUGUCAGAGGGGAACAGGAAGGUCACGUUUGCACGUCAACAACAAUGGUGCUUCAGUCACCCAGACAGAUUCAGUGAAUGGUUUCAGGUUCUGAGCAGAGAGAGUCUGACUGGACGUUGUUACUGGGAAGUGGAGUGGAGAGGGAUGGGGGUUUCUGUAGCAGUCGCGUACAAGAAUAUCAGCAGAACAGGAAGUGUGAAUGAAUGUGGAUUUGGACAUAAUGAUAAAUCCUGGGCUUUACUUUUUGACACAAGUAGUAAUUCAUUUUGGCAUAACAACAACAAAACCCCCAUCUCAGAUCCUCAUUGCUCCAGAGUUGGAGUGUACCUGGAUCACAGCGCAGUCCAGACCAGAUUCACUCAGCCGCUGCUGGCUGGAGUUAGGAUGUAUAACACGGCACUUUCUGCUGAGUUCUGUGAACCCAUAGAUACGUUAUUCACUUAA